AUGAAGUCCAUUCAGCUUGCUCUCGCCCUCACGGCGGCUAGCAUCCCCAGCGUCUCCGCGCACUAUUUCUUCCCUACCCUCAUCGUGAAUGGGAAUGAGACCGGAUACUACGAGUAUGUGCGCGAAGAUACUCAGAGCUAUAUGCCUUUCAAGGGCAACUACGCCAGUGAUGAUUUCCGCUGCAAUACAGGCUCGGAUGCGUACGCCCAGAAGACAGAUGUCUAUAAGGUCAAAGCUGGUGAUAUGAUUGGAUUUGCUACCGACUUUGGCGCUCAGAUUGAGCAUCCUGGUCCCAUGCAGGUUUAUCUGUCCAAGGCACCUGGUAGCGUCAAGACCUACGAUGGCUCAGGCGACUGGUUCAAGAUCUACGAGCUUGGUCCCACAUCAUUUGGCAACGAUGGGAUUCAAUGGGGCGUGACGGGAAAGAGUCAAUUCGACUUCACCCUUCCCAAGGAAACGCCCGCUGGUCAAUACCUUGUUCGUAUCGAGCAUAUUGCAGUGCACGGAGCUGGCGAAUUCGGCGGUGCUGAGUUCUACUUUAACUGUGCCCAGAUUGAAGUUGAGAGUGACAGCACAGCUAUUCCUGGACCCACUGUCAAGAUUCCUGGCGUCUAUGAUGGCUAUGAGCAGGGAAUCCUCUUUUACAUGUAUCGCGACUAUAUCACAAACUACACUGUCCCAGGGCCCCGUGUGUGGCCCGAUGGCGGUGAUGCUGAUGUUACCGCUCAGAGUGUGAGGGUUGCACCUACCACGGCUUGGUCUGCAUUGGCCGUGACAAACUAUCCCUCCUCUUCCAUCAUCUACAGCGCCGCACCAUCUAGCACCUCAGCAACUACGGCACCUUCCUCAACUUCCCUCGUUUCUUUUACAGGAUCUGUCCAUGGACACAGUCAUGGUCACAGCAAUCAUGUUUCUGUCUCAGAUUUGCCCUUGGAAACCAGCAUCUCCGUUCAAAGCAGUAGCUCUGUGGGUGCUAAUGAGACCAUUGAGACUACCUCGCCCAUUCAGACCACUUUCACUGUGACAACUUCAAGCGCCAACGCUUUUUGCAGUAAACGGGCUACUGUCACCUCUACAGUGACCGAGACCGAAACCUCCUACAUUCCUACACCCACUACGACCAAGUGUGCACCUACAACGACGGUCACUGUAAGUACAACUACCACCAUCAUGGCAUAG